GAAAUAGUGUUUGGUACCAUGUGCUGCAAAAGCUAGGUUUAGAGCCUAAAGGCCCAAAAUGGGGAUAAAUUUUUCCCCAAAAAAUACAUGGAUUAAAGAAAAUCAAGCAUCGUGCAAUUUUAGUUGUACUCAAUUUUUAAGCUGCCCGUUGCUUAUUUCCUCACAUCUCUUUACUAUCUCUUUCUCUCGAUGUGUAGAGCUCUCUUCCUGAUUGCAACCACGACCUACAAGCUCGUCCUCCCCAUCCAACACAAGAUCUGGAGAUACGAAGUAUAUAAAUCCAUUGGUCGUGCUUUGAUCAAAACAUUAAGCUGCAAUGUUGCUACUUCUUUUUUAGAGCCGGCAACCUCCAUUCAUCCAUUAAAACCAGUGCUUGAGUAGUAGCCAGCCCACAUCUAACAAAAAAAUUACUUGGAGCCAAAUGGUGGACCUCGUGCACCUUGGCUUACUGAGAGAACAAGCGAAAUUAGGGAAGAAAUCGGAGGGGCAGUUUCAAAAAAGAAGCAUGGUUUGCGAUGCAAAAGAAGUUCAAUACUGAACUUCUGAACGUCACCACAGACCAACUGAAAAACAGGCACAAGCAUUGGAAGGCAAAAUAUAAGUUCGUUAAUAACCUAUCAAAUGAAAGUGUGUUUGGAUGGGACCUAGCACGACACAUGGUCACAACAUAUCCCAUUGUGUGGGAUGCAUACUUGGACAUAAGGAAGCAAGGUUAUUCCAGGAUAAGGUCGUGCCUUACUGGGAAGAUUUAUGUAUCAUUAUUGGAGGCGAUAUGGCUGAUGGUGGAGGUGCACAAAGCCAUGCCGAUGUAGAGAACAACCAUCUUAAUAGAGAGGAGGAAGUUCAAGAGACAUCGAUGCAUGAGGAGAGGAUUGGAGUUGUUGGCACAGAGGGAGAUGAAGAGGAGACCACCCAGGAUGCCAAGAAAAGUAGAUCAAAUGCAAGAGGGUCAAGGGAUUCGAGUGGUUCAACAACCAGUAAAAAAAGAAAGAAGAGAAAGAAGACUAAAUAUGACCUUUAUGCAGAGAAGCUUAGCGAGAUUACCGAAACUAUCAAGGGCAUGUCGGCGACUAAGGAUGAAGAUGUGUUGAGUGAUGUUUUCGAUGAUGUGAUGAAGAUGAAAUCCAUGGACUCUCAAAAGCGAAUAAUAGAUUACGAUUCUCUAUCUUCUGAUAUAAGAAAGUGUAAAGCUUUCUUGGCCAUGAAUGACCAAGUGAAGGAUGAUUGGGUCAAACUGAAGUUUGGAUAAUACAACACUAAUUUCAAUUUAUUGUUGACAACACUAAUUUCAACCGAACUUUACUAUUUUCAUGUUAUUUUGUGAAUUAUUUCCUCUUUGUUUGUUAGAGCCAAUGACUUAAUGUUUGGAUUUUGGAUGAUUAGUAGGAUUAUGUUUGAUGCU